CAAAUAUGUAAUCGUUGAGGCCGGAAAUGUGACAUUAUUUUCAUUUAUCGCCCAUGAUCCUUGUUACGGCAGUCUGACCACCGGUAAACACUCAUCCUGCCGCUUCUCUUUUCUUCUCCUCGGCCAGAAACCAAUGCGGGUGCCAACUACUGGCGUCGGAAAAGCCACCUCCUCCGCCGCCGCCACCGAAUUAAGCACCAAAUCAGACGCGGCAUUCGAUUCGACACACCUCGACUUACCCUUCCAACUGAUCAAAUCGGAAACUAUCCCUCCUGCUCCGACCCGAACCGAAUCCGCCAUCGAUUGGUUACCGGACUACCUAGGUCACGCAUGGAUUGCCUACGCAGCCUCGUCGCUUCUCCUGAUCUCUCACUUUCCAUCUCCUUCUGAAAACAACGAAAGCCCUGUCGAUCCCAUUUUCCGGCAAGUUAUUGAACUUUCCUCCGACGGCUCCGGGGAUGUCUCUGCGGUUUCAUGGUCUCCGUCUGUGCUGUCGUCUGGAGAAGUAGCAGCCUCCUUGGACAACCGUAUUGGAGUAUUUUCACAUAAUUCAGAAGGUUCUUUUUGUUGGAGCCAGACUGCAAUCCUUGUGCAAGCCACAAACAUCAAGGCCAUUAAAUGGACAGGUUCAGGAGACGGAUUAAUCUCAGUUGGAAUCGACAUUGUCUUAUGGAAAAAGAAAAACUUCUCUUGGGAAAUCUCUUGGAAAUUCACACCCGAGUUCCCUCAAGCUUUACUUUCUGCCACCUCAUCAAUCGAAGGCCCAUUUGCAACUGCACCUCUAAACAAAGACACCAACAAUUCUGUACUAAUUGGUCAUGGAAAAUCAAAAUCCAUCAAAUCUGAACUCCAUCAUCAUGUCCCCAUUUCCAUGAUCCAAUGGAGACCUUUAGUAGCAAACCAAUGGAAAAAGAAACCCACAAAUGCCCUCAAGAUGGUUUUGCUAACAUGUUGUGCUGAUGGAACUGUAAGAUUAUGGAGUGAGAUUGAUGAUGGUAAGUCCAGGAAGACAACAGGGAAGGGCAAUAAAGACCAAUCAUCUUUUCGAGUUGCUGCAACAAUUGAGAUAAAUGAAACCCUAAAUGGCAUUCUGGGUUGUGAUGUUUUCAUAAGAUGGGGCACUGAACUUGAUGGUAUUGUUAACAUUGGUAAAAAGGGUACUCAAUAUUUUCCUUCAGAAGAGUAUCACCAUGGUAAAUCUGGGAAAUGUGAUUGGUUAAUUUCUUUUGGUCCUCAAAUGAUGGUGACCUUUUGGGCUAUCCAUUGUAUUGAUGAUUUUUCACCACUUAGAUUCCCACGAGUUACAAUGUGGAAAAAGCAAGAGUUACCAGGUUCCAAAACAGGAACAAGUUUUCUACUAAACAAAUCUUUCAUAUCAAGAAACGGAUUCUUUGGCCCACCAGACGUAUGCUCUGUAAUUCACUUAUCACCUAAAAAUCAUUUGAAGUGGUUACAAUUUCAUAAACACACAUCAAAUACAACUGAUUCGAUUUUGUCUAUUGCUAAUGGAGCUUUAAACAUAAAUGGUCACAUUGGAAAGAUUUUGCAAUUUGCAUUGCAUCCUUAUGGAGCUUACCCUGAACUUGCUGUUUCUUUAGAUGCUAAUGGAGUGAUUCUAUUUUGGUCACUUUUGAGCUCUGGCUUCAAGCUUUCUGGAGAGUUUGGAGUCCAAGAUUCUCAAUGUGAAUACACUAGCUUGAGGUGGGUCCCUUCAUUAAUAGAUGAUCACAGGGUUUUACUAAUGGGACAUUCAAGAGGCAUAGAUUGUUUUUUAGUUGAAGUUUGUGAAAAUGAAGGCUUGAUAUCAUGUCAGAAACUAUCUACUAUCCCUUUUGAUUGUGAUGAAAAUGGGCCCACGAGUAUAUUUUCAAUUCCUUUGACUUCUACAUGUAACACCUUUUUGUAUAACAAAUUUAUGGUGUUAGCUAUAUGGAAAGAGAAGGACCACUUUCGGGCAUUAUCAUGGAAAGUUACAAUUCAUCCUUCAGAUAUGCCAGGUGGCGAAUGUAAAUACAGUAUUGACUUUGACCUUUGUUCAUCUACAUUUCCAGAUCCAUACAACCGUGAUAACAUUACAAGCAAUUCUGUGGUUGGUAUGUAUAACUUCUCUUCAUCUAAAGAACAGGAGGAAAGUUUUGUUGGUGAAAUGUUUGACAAUUCUGUUGCAUAUCAUCUAAUUACUGGAUCUUUUGAUGGUAGUUUAAAACUAUGGAGAAGUAUGGAUCAAGAAUGGGAAUUAGUAGGUAAAGUUGCUGCUCAUGUGGGCCCGAUUAUGAAAAUAAGUUCAACUGAUUGUGGUAGAAAGAUUGCAACUUUAUCUAACGAAAACACUAUUUAUAUAUGGGAAUGUGUGUAUCUUGGAGGAAUUGGGAGUUUUUUACUUGAAGAUACAAUAAAUCUUGAUGGAGGUGGUGGUGUUGUUGGUUUGGAUUGGUUGACUAUAGGUAAUGGUCAACUUCUGCUUGGAGUUUGCUUGCAGAAUGAGGUGCAUGUGUAUACCAUGAGGCGUUGUGUAAGUUCAGAAGAAUCCAAGGAUGGAAGUAAAAAUAGAAAUAUUUGGUUUUGUGUUGCAAAAAGACAAACUUGCCCCUGUAUCCGUGAUUUUCUUUGGGGACCUAAAGCGACAGGUGUGAUUGUUCAUGAUGACUACUUUUGUGUUUUCAGCCAGUGGGUACUUCCAAAUGGUGGAUCUGAUGGAUUUAAGGUCCCUGAAAUUAUUUAUGAUUCUGAUACCCAUGCUUUUGAAAACUUGACAUUGAAAGAUCAACGGAAAUAUAAUAAUAAUAAUAAUAAUACCAAUAAUACAGGUAUUGGUGUAAGGAGUGUUUUGGAAAUAGCAGAAAAUGUUGGUGGAUCUCUUCCUACUUAUCACCCUGAAGCUCUUUUGGUGAAUAUUUAUUCAGGAAAUUGGAAACGUGCACAAAGUGCACUGAGUCAUCUCUUUGAACAUCUUACAAAUACCAAGGAUUUGAAAACAAACCCUAGAAUCCCACAAAUGAGCUUGUCAGACUAUCUUGAAGGACUAAUUUUGAAAAAUUCAAACAACAAAGCGUUCAAAUGGAGUGGUGACACAUAUUCAAACACAUCCACAUGGGAUUCUAAUUCCAAUGGUUUUAGCAAUUCAAUCGAUUCCAGUCCUAAAAACUCUGGAUUGAGUGGAUUCACUGAUUCCAUUGAGAAGUUAGACUUUUCAGACAAUGAAAAGAUGCAAAUUCUUGCUGUUAUUGAUCUUCUUGAUGAAAUUAGCAAUUCAAACAAAUCAUCACCAUAUGAAGGUCUUGACAUACCUGGUAGAAGGUUCUGGGUUGCAGUAAGGUUUCAGCAGCUUUAUUGUGUGAGAAGACUAGGGAGACCACCAUCCAAGGGCGAUUUGGUCAUUAACUCAUCCCUUAUCGCCUGGGCUUUCCAAUCCGAUUGUCAAGAAAGUUUGUUUGAAUCACUUCUGAAUAAUGAAUCAUCAUGGGAUGAAAUGAGAACCAUGGGUGUUGGAUUUUGGUACACAAAUCAAUCACAGUUGAGAGUCAAGAUGGAGAGGCUAGCAAAACAGCAGUUUUUAAAAAACAGGGAUCCAAAAGCUUGUGCACUUCUUUACAUAGCUUUAAACAGGAUACAAGUUUUGGCAGGUCUUUUUAAAAUCAGUAAAGAUGAAAAAGACAAACCACUGGUGGCAUUUCUUUCACGUAAUUUUCAGGAGGAGAAAAAUAAAGCUGCUGCUUUGAAAAAUGCUUAUGUGUUAAUGGGAAGACAUCAGCUGGAGCUUGCUGUAGCUUUCUUUUUGCUUGGAGGGUAUAAUGGUCCAUCAGAACAUUAUAUUAUAUCAAAGUUUCUGCUUCCAUCUGCUUAUGAAAAUGGUGACUACUGGAAGUCAAGUUUCCUUGAGUGGAUAUUGGGGAAUUACUAUAAAUCCUAUCUGAGUUUAAUUGGUGACCAAAUGGAUUUCUCAAGCAAUAACUUGGCCUUUAUAGAUCCAAGCAUUGGUCAAUAUUGUCAAAUGUUGACCAACAAAAACCAGAUGAAAAAUGCUAUUGGAGAACAAAAUACCUCAAUUCUUGUUAGAUGGGGUGUCUUAAUGAGCUCUACUGCAUUAAGCAGAUGUGGUUUACCUCUUGAAGCUUUGGAGUGCCUUGCAACUUCUAACAGCAUAUUCAGUGGUUCAACUCAAAGUGCAUUAGAUAAUUCAGAAUCCAAAAUUCUGAAUGAGAGACUGAAUCCAUCUUCAUCUUCUUCAAAUUGGGUAUCUGCUGACGUGGCAUUGUGUAUGCUCUCACAUUCAAAAUACAGUUUUGCAAUGCAAUACAUUUCAAAUAUGUUAACAGAGCAUCCAAGUUGGCCAGAAAAUAUCCAAACUGAAGCUAUUCAGUAUAACACACAGCUUUCUAAUUUUGGAAAGAAGUUAAACACAGGGCUUGCUUAUUUUGAGCAGAAGUAUUCCUUAAAUCGCCACCAUCUGAUUAAGAUGAUUACAGGUUAUUUAUACAACCAGGAACUCAUGUUUAUUGCUUGUGAUAUAUUGCAACAUGACACAUCUGAAGAUAUUUCACACAGAAAUCCAUCAUUCCCUUCACUGCCAGCUGUCCUUCUGAAGUCCAUUAAAGAUUUUUCCUAUUUAUUUUCAAGGUAUAUCAUAUUUUGUAGAAUGACUUGCUCUGAGACAAAACCACAUUCCAUUUAUAUGAAGAAUCUUUUGCUGAUGGUGUCAAAGAUAAGAAAUGGGCUGAAAUUGCAAAGCUUUCCACAAUCGCCCUUAUUCGUUCUUGAUUUAUGUGAAUACUACAUAUAUUUCGCAUCCAUUUGGUUUCAAAAAGAUUCUGGAAGUCUCAUUAUUGUUUUGAAACAAAUUCUGCUUACAUAUUCCAAUGAAUCUUCAUCUUCAUCUUCUUCAUCCUAUGAUUCUAACAUGGAAACCUUGAAGAAGAUCCUUCCGGAAAUAGCCAUGUUGGUAUGUCACAAUAGAAUGAAUGUGGGGCCCGAAAGCGAUAAAUGGCAGAUUAUACGCGCUUUUUUGUGGGGACUCAUGUCUGGAUUUCUGAAAUACCAAAUUGAUUCCAUUCCGGAGAAUCUUAAAGAUAAUUACUCAGUGGAAUUGACCAAGUUACUAAAACUGGAAUCAGAGGAUUCCAUAUCUUAUUGUGCAAAAGAGCUUGCGUCAUUUUUACUGCAGAAAGGGAGGGACCAGUCAAACGAUCCCAUAAUAUUUUGGUUGGAAGAUCUGUGUAGGUCAACGCCGAUAACCACUUUUCAGAAUUUUGGUCAAGGAGUUGACUUUUCUAGAAUAAUGAGUAACGAAGAUGGAUUAUCAGAUUUUGAAGUACUUUGGAAUGUGUUUGAUAAUUAUAGAAUGUUAUGUGGAGAUUUUGUGGUGGAAUAUUCCAAAUGGUCGAAGCUUAUCAAACAGAAACACUCUAAAGGAUGGAGUGACACGUAUGCAGACAUCAUAGGUGACCAUGAAGCUUCUGAAAACGAUAAUCGAGAUGGGAUUUCAUCUCCUGUAACGGAAUUCACGAUUCCAUUCCAGAAACCGAAAGAAGUACAGAAAGCAAACGGAGAACUUCUCGAGGCAUUAUGCAUCAAUUCCAUCGAUCAACAGCAAGCUGCAAUCGCUAGCAAUAAGAAGGGGAUAAUAUUUUUUAACUUUGAAGAUGGACGAACUUGCUUUGACAAGUCAAAUUACAUCUGGACAGAUGUCGAUUGGCCAACAGACGGGUGGGCAGGAUCCGAAUCCACUCCCGUCCCGACAUGUGUUUCCCCUGGAAUCGGUCUCGGAAGCCGGAAAGGCACACAGCUCGGCUUAGGAGGAGCCACAAUCGGAGUCGGUUUAGCAAAACCCGGAAUCACAGGGGUAAAUACGUCAAGUCUGGGUUGGGAAAUCCAAGAAGAUUUUGAAGAUUUCAUCGAUCCACCUGCAACUGUAGACAAUAUCAGAACUAGGGCUUUUUCAAGUCACCCUUCUAGACCCUUCUUCUUAGUCGGUUCAAGCAAUACACAUGUUUACCUUUGGGAGUUUGGUAAAAACACAGCUACAGCUACAUACGGAGUCCUCCCCGCUGCAAAUGUCCCACCGCCUUAUGCUCUUGCCUCAAUCUCAGCCGUACAAUUUGAUCACUGUGGGCAAAGAUUUGCUACAGCUGCAUUAGAUGGUACAGUGUGCACGUGGCAGCUUGAGGUUGGAGGAAGAAGCAAUGUUCGUCCUACUGAAUCAUCUCUCUGUUUCAACAACUACACAUCGGAUGUGAUGUAUGUGACUGCAAGUGGAUCAAUUGUUGCAGCAGCAGGUUAUAGCUCAAACAAUGUAAAUGUAGUAAUAUGGGAUACGCUUGCUCCACCUACCACAUCUCGAGCUUCCAUCAUGUGUCAUGAAGGUGGUGCGAGAUCUAUUUCUGUAUUUGCGAAUGAUAUAGGAAGCGGUUCUAUUUCUCCACUUAUUGUGACGGGUGGAAAAGGUGGAGAUAUUGGAGUUCAUGAUUUUCGUUACAUAGCAACAGGAAGACAAAAAAGGAAUAAAAAUUCUGAUAAUGUUGAACAAAAAUUUAACGCGUCUUCAACUGCUGGAUUACAAAAUAAACAUGGGGACCACAAUCGGAACGGGAUGCUUUGGUACAUACCAAAGGCCCACUCAGGGAGUGUUACUAGAAUAGCAGCGAUUCCAAAUACGAGUUUUUUCUUAAGUGGAAGUAAAGAUGGAGAUGUGAAGCUUUGGGAUGCUAAGAAUGCAAAAUUGGUAUAUCAUUGGCCAAAAUUGCAUGAUAGACAUACAUUUCUUCAACCUACCUCACGAGGCUUUGGAGGGGUAGUUAGGGCUGCCGUGACAGAUAUUCAAGUUGUUUCAAAUGGGUUUCUUUCAUGUGGGGGAGAUGGUUCUGUUAAGUUGGUUCAACUUAGAGAUUUAUGACAUGGGUAUUUUCGGUAUUUUUUGAUGUGUGUGUGUGUAUAUAUAGGGUAAGUAAAUCAUCCAAUUCACCUUGAUAAUUUUCACUUCACAAAUCACACUGGCCAAUUGAAAGAUUGGAGUUCGUAACUGUUUUGAUUAUGAUUGUUAUUUAUAGGUUCUUUUUAGUUAUAUUUUUUUGUUUAAAAGCAUUUUUAAAAAAUGUUUUUAUAGUUAUGAUGUUAUAUCUUUUUAAGGAAAAGAUUAUAUAUUUAUUUAAGGGAAAGAUCUCUGCUUUAUAAUAGUAGAUUUGCUGAGAAG